UUGGCUCCCGACUGAGCCCGAAGGAACCCAAAACGGAGAUGAGUCCUACGGGCCGGAAGUGCCGGCCCCGCCUCUCCAGCCCGAGGCCCCGCCCUCCCGUCCUCUCGGCUCUGCGCCGGGGCUGAGCAGAUCCCUCGGCUCGGCUCGGAUCCGGGGCUGACAGGUGCUCGCGCUGAUUCCCUUCCCAGCGCAGCCCGGCCGAUCUCCGACGUCGGCCGCGCCCCGGGCCCUGUACCGGGCCGCCCUCCUAGACCCAGGCAGAAGCGGGCGGCGCGGGGGAGGCUUGGCGCGAGCCUCGGCGGGCGCGGGCCGGGGUGGCUGCCUCCCGCCGGCGGGCAGCUCAGCAUGUCACCCGAGGAGUGGACGUAUCUGGUGGUUCUUCUCAUCUCCAUCCCCAUCGGCUUCCUCUUUAAGAAAGCUGGACCUGGGCUGAAGAGAUGGGGGGCGGCGGCGGUGGGCCUGGGGCUCACCGUGUUCACCUGCGGCCCCCACACUCUGCACUCCCUGAUCACAAUGCUGGGGACCUGGGCCCUCAUUCAGGCCCAGCCCUGCUCCUGCCACGCCCUGGCUCUCGCCUGGACCUUCUCCUACCUCCUCUUCUUCCGAGCCCUCAGCCUGCUGGGCCUGCCGACUCCUACACCCUUCACCAAUGCCGUCCAGCUGCUGUUGACACUGAAGCUGGUGAGUCUGGCCAGUGACGUCCAGGACCUGCACUUGGCCCAGCGGAAGGAAAUGGCCUCCGGCUUCAGCAAGGCGCCCACCCUGGGGCUGCUGCCCCAUGUUCCCUCCUUGAUGGAGACGCUGAGCUAUAGCUACUGCUACGUGGGAAUCAUGACAGGCCCAUUCUUCCGCUACCGCACCUACCUGGAUUGGCUGGAGCAGCCCUUCCCGGAGGCUCUGCCCAGCCUGAGGCCCCUGCUCUGCCGGGCCUGGCCGGCCCCGCUCUUCGGCCUGCUCUUCCUGCUGUCCUCCCACCUCUUCCCUUUGGAGGCCGUGCGUGAAGAUGCCUUCUACGCCCGCCCGCUGCCUACCCGCCUCUUCUACAUGAUCCCCGUCUUCUUCGCCUUCCGCAUGCGCUUCUACGUGGCCUGGAUUGCUGCCGAGUGUGGCUGCAUUGCUGCUGGCUUUGGGGCCUACCCUGUGGCCGCCAAGGCCCGGGCCGGGGGCGGCCCCACCCUCCAAUGCCCACCCCCUAGCAGUCUGGAGAAGGCAGCUGCCCUGGAGUAUGACUAUGAGACGAUCCGCAACAUCGACUGCUACAACACAGACUUCUGCAUGCGUGUGCGGGAGGGCAUGCGGUACUGGAACAUGACGGUGCAGUGGUGGCUGGCACAGUACAUCUACAAGAGUGCACCUGCCAGCUCCUACGUCCUGAGGAGCGCCUGGACCAUGUUGCUGAGCGCCUACUGGCACGGCCUGCACCCUGGCUACUAUCUCAGCUUCCUGACCGUCCCGCUGUGCCUGGCUGCCGAGGGCUGUUUGGAGUCCGCCCUGUGGGGGCGGCUGAGCCCCAGGGGCCAGAAAGUGUGGUACUGGGUGCACUGGUUCCUGAAGAUGCGCGCCUACGACUACAUGUGCAUGGGCUUUGUGCUCCUGUCCAUGGGCAGCACGCUCCGGUACUGGGCCUCUGUCUACUUCUGCGUGCACAUCCUGGCCGGGGCCUGCCUGGGGCUGGGGCUGGCUUUGGGUGGGGGCAGGCGCAGCCUGCGGAAGACUGCGUCCGAGUCCCAGGCCGCCAGCACGGCCCCAGAGAAGCUCCGGGAGGAGUGAGCUGCCAGAGCGCCCUCUGCCGGCGGGUCCAGCCACAAGCUUUCCCCUGGAAUCUGCGCCAGGCUGCUGCUGUCUCCCUUCCUGCAAGAUCCCUGCCAGGCCGAGCCUGGAGAGGGCCCCGCUUCCCUGCUACUACCCGCCUUCCACUGGAUCGGAGCCUCGGCUGUGCCCUCUCCCCGCCUCCAGCGGGCCCCUGGCCCCCGUUCCCCAGUCAGGCCUGCAGUGUUCAGAGCUGCCCGACCCCAGAGCAGCAGGGUGGGCGCGGCGCAAGGUGCCUCCGCGGACACUUUCUCCUUGGCCUCAGCGCAGGGACCAGAGCUUCAGCACCGGUUCCAGGAGGGAGAGCCUCUUCCUGUGUCGUUCCCUUUUUAAUCUCGUCCAACCAGUAUUUUAGACAUGGAAGGGGACACGACCUUCCAUUCCCAACUGGAGCUGAGGGACUGGGGACUUUGCUCCUGUAGCUCCCACCUGGCCACCCCGUCUCCCUUGGCCCAGAUGGGUCAGAAUGUGUCCAUCUUACCAAUAAAGUGUCACGGGCGUG